AUGGACGCGCACGCCCAUCUCAUCUCCCUCGGCUGGGCUGGGCCCGGCCACUCGCUUGAUUCCCAGCCGUACAAGCAAAAAGGCCACCGUGGCCUAGCCUACGACCCAGCCAAAGUCGGCAACAAUGGCAACGGCCUAGUGAAGCCGCUGCUGGUUUCCCAGCGCAAGGGCCGACUCGGAGUGGGCAAAAAAGCCCACGAACCGCAGGCCGGGAAUGAAUGGUGGUUGAAAGGCUUCGAGAGCGCUUUGGGGAAUGUCGGCAAGACCGAGAGCGAGAGGAGCACGAGCAGUGGGGCCAGCACACCUGUGAUGACCCAGAGUCAACAAAACAUGAGUGCCAAACAUGGCUGGCUGUACAGCUUUUUCGUCAAAGGCCAAGAGAUGCAGGGGACGAUUGGGAGACUGGACGAAAUGGAUCCGUCGCAGUCAUCGCAGAGUUCGAAUAAAAAGCGGAAGAGCGAUGUGCUUGACACCACCCACAAAGAACGGGAAGAAGAUAAUGAUGAUGAUGCAGCCACUCAUUCAUCCAAGAAGCGGAAGAAGCAGACACAGACACAAACGGCGGUGGUCGAGUUCGAGCAAGUCAGCACUUAUAUCGCGAUGCGGGAUAAAGCUGAAAAGCGCAGAAAACGGUCCGACAGACCCAGUCCUGUUGAGGAGUUCCGACAAGUCAGCGAAUAUUUGGAGGUUAGAUCGGAGAAGGAGAAGAGGAAACACAAGAAGAAGCGAGGACUGGAAGCACAAUUGGCUGAGACGAGCACACCAGCCGUCAUAGAGGGUGAAGAGGAAGGGGAAGAGACCUCUGAACGAACAGAAACGAAAGAAGAAAGGCGAGAACGUCGACGGCGCCGGAGGGAAGAGAAGGAAAGGCAGACAGACCAGCGUAAAGACGGAGACGGCAACGUCGCUCAAGCUCAACUGUCCACUUCCCAGUUAGAGGUCGAUGGUGAAGAAGGUGCAGCCGCGAAAGCCGCGCGACGGGCAGAGCGGAAGAAGAGGAAGGCUGAGAAAGAAGCGGCCAAAGCUGCGAAGACUGCGAGGACUACGAAAACAACAUGA